CCGACGCGGACGGACCGGCCGAUCGUACCGGAUCAAUUCGCAUCAUUUCUCUUUGAUUAUCACGCUCGUCGGCAGGAUCGGUGGGAGGAUGUGGGGUCGCGGGGUUUUCUUGAUCUUUAUUCUGGCCAGAUCGGUGCUGGGGGCCGAGGUGCCGUCGGACGAGGAGCCCGGCCUGCUGGCCGAGCCUCAGGUGGCCAUGUUCUGCGGGAAGCUCAACAUGCACGUCGACGUCCAGAGCGGCAAAUGGGAGCCGGACCCCUCGGGCACCAGGAGCUGCGAGAGCACCAAGGAGGGCAUUCUUCAGUACUGUCAGGAGGUCUACCCGGAUCUGCAGAUCACCAACGUGGUGGAGGCCAACCAGCCCGUCAGCAUCCAGAACUGGUGCAAGAAGGGUCGCAAGCAGUGCCGCAGUCACGUGCACAUCGUGGUGCCCUACCGCUGCCUGGUUGGGGAGUUCGUGAGCGACGCCUUGCUGGUUCCCGACAAGUGUAAGUUCCUGCACCAGGAGCGGAUGGACGUCUGCGAGAGCCACCUGCACUGGCACACGGUGGCCAAAGAGUCCUGUGGGGACCAUGCCAUGAACCUGCACGACUACGGGAUGCUGUUGCCGUGCGGCAUCGACCGAUUCCGCGGCGUGGAGUUCGUGUGCUGCCCGGUGGAGACCGAGGAGGUGGAUGCCGUCGGCGACGAUGAGGAGGAGGACGAUUCCGAUGUCUGGUGGGGGGGAGCAGAGACCGACUAUUCCGAAAACAGCAUGACCCGGAAGGCAAAGCCAACCGAGCUGGCGGAGGCCGCGCCCACAGUGGCGGAGGACGCCGAAAACAACGAAGAGGAACAGAAGCAGACUUUAGAUGUUGACUGGUAUGAAGAAGAGGAGAACGAGGACGAUGAAGACGACGAGGUGAUCGAUGAGCGCGCUGACAAUGAAGAGACCACCAGCGUUGCCAUGACUACAACUACUACCACCACUACCGAGUCUGUAGAGGAAGUGGUCCGAGACGUGUGUUGGUCGGACGCCGAGACAGGGCCGUGCAGGGCCAUGUUGCCCCGCUGGUAUUUUGUAAAGGAGGAGGGUCGCUGCGCUCAGUUCAUCUACGGCGGCUGCGGAGGCAACCGUAAUAACUUUGACUCGGAGGAAUACUGCCUGUCGGUCUGCAGCAGAUCGUUGCCCACCAGCUCCUCGAGCUCUCCGGACCCAGUGGACCGUUACCUGGAGAACCCGGCGGACGAGAACGAGCACGCGCGCUUCCUGCAGGCCAAGGAGACCCUGGAGGCCAAGCACCGCGAGAGGAUGUCCAGGGUUAUGAGAGAGUGGGAGGAGGCUGAGCACCAGUCUAAGAGCCUGCCACGCGCCGACAAGAAGGCCGUCGUCCAGCACUUCCAGGAGAAGGUGGAAGCUCUGGAGAAGGAGGUGGCCAGCGAGCGGCAGCAGCUAGUGGAGACUCACAUGGCCCGCGUGGAGGCGCUCCUCAACGACCGGCGUCGUCUGGCGCUGGAGAGCUUCCUCAGCGCCCUGCAGGUGGACCAGCCACGGCCUCGUCACGUGUUCAGCCUGUUGAAGAAGUACGUGCGCGCCGAACAGAAGGACCGGCAGCACACGCUCAAACACUUCGAGCACGUCCGCGUGGUGGACCCCAAGAAAGCCGCGCAGAUCCGACCCCAGGUGCUGACCCAUCUGCGUGUGAUCGAGGAGAGGAUGAACCAGUCUCUGGGGCUCCUGUACAAGGUGCCAGACGUGUUGGAGGACAUCCAGGACCAAGUCGAGCUCUUGCAGCGCGAGCAGCAGGAAAUGUCGGCGCAGCUGCUGCUGCUGCAGAGCGACGUCAGGGUGAGCUACGGCAACGACGCCCUGAUGCCCGACAGCGCCGGCGCGUUCGAGGCGCCGCCCCCCGAGGACUCCGGGCGCCUGGGAUUCAUCCACCCCGAGAGCUUCAACCAGCCCAACACCGACAACCACAUCGAACCCGUCGACGCCCGUCCCUUCCCCGACCGAGGACUUCCUUCUCGCCCAGUAUCCGGACUGAAGCCUGAGGACGUUCCCGAGCUGAGGAUGGAGGCCGAGGAGAGGCACAACGCCGGCUACGAAGUGCACCACCAGAAGCUGGUGUUCUUCGCCGAAGACGUCGGCUCCAACAAGGGCGCCAUCAUCGGCCUGAUGGUGGGGGGCAUCGUCAUAGCGACCGUCAUCGUCAUCACCCUGGUGAUGCUGAGGAAGAAGCAGUACACGUCCAUCCAUCACGGCGUGAUCGAGGUGGACGCCGCCAUCACUCCGGAGGACCGGCUCCUUUCCAAAAUGCAGCAGAACGGCUACGAGAACCCCACCUACAAGUUCUUCGAGCAGGUUCAGAACUAAGGCUGGACGUGCUAGAUCGUAAUCCCCGUUUCCCUUCCCCUUUUGUCCAACCCCCCCCCCCCCCUUCCCUGUGGACGGUGUCGGGACCGCUCGCUUUUUCCCGGUCAUCGCAUUAAAAUUAAAAACGCCCGUGAGUACAGAUUCAGGAUCGGUCCCGACACCGGUCCGACUACUACUGAACCGGGCUCGGAAGACGACGCUCGUCCCUUUGUGUGUUACCUUGACGACAGCUGUGCUGUGUUUGAUUACACCACGUUAUACAGGAUUAAAAAUCAGUAACGAAACGAUCAUAGUAAAACUCUGUACUCUCUCUACGAUUGCUCCCGAGGGUCGUUUUUCCAGAAAAAAUUAAUAAAUAACGAAUUAAAAAUCUGUGGAUAAGAAUGCAUCUAACGUAUCGCUGUAAUGCCGAGAAAAUAGUCGUACCUAUAUAGUGCAUGAUAAAUGAUGAGCAGAUCUAUCCUGAGCAUUUCGGGCGUUUCUGAGUUUCGAUCAUCUUGCGUUUUUUUUUUUUUUUUUUUUUAAUUUUUUUUUUUUUUACUAUUAUUAUUUUUCAUAUUUUUGACUUUUUUUUUUUUUCCCUCCUGCGACUGGGGGCUGGAUGAAUCUGUUUAUACGCCGUCGUUCGUCCUCGUUCUAUGCGUUCUGUGCAUUUCUAUUUAAGUGCGUUCGCUUUCCGUUUCGAUCCGCACGGUUGGAUGUGUUUUCUAAUGGGGGUUUUCAGGAUCCGGGGUCUCGCCGGGGCCGCGGUGCGUGUGUUCGUAUGUUCUACGAGGUUUGUGUUUUUGUACGAUCCCGAGUGAUGUUUAAAAAAAAAAAAAAUCUCUUUCCUUCACGGUGUAUCCUGUGUUUACUGUAUUACCCUACACGUACCCUACUCUUGCUUGGGUGGGUCGCUGCGGUGCGGUGUGGUGCGGUGCUGCCGAGUGGAAUUACACUGGAGCGAGCAAAAGAGCAAAAACGAUUGAUGCAGGGAGGUAGGGGAUGAGAAAAAAGGGGGAGAAAAUGCGCCCCUUUGGGUCUUCUGUGUUGAUUCGACGGUCCGGACCUGUUUUCUUGUUCCGCGGUUUGCACACGAUGUACAGACGCUUUGUCGGACUGGUGAUCUGAUCCGGUCCCAACGAAUUUAUUCAUUCACCCAUCAGAAUCGAGCGGAAGUGGUAUCCGAUGACGGCUUCAGCUCCUACGCAGUUUGUGCACCAGAUCCCCCUUUUUGAUUUCGACCCGGGCUUGGGACCUGCGUUGAGAGCGCACCGACAAGUGGACCUCCCGACGACUAGCCUGGGACGUCGACCAACUAUGUCUGUGCGGGCUCCCCAAGAUAUCCGCCGCGCCACCCGAACACCCCGAAACGGUGUCAUAUUCUAAAGACCAGACCUCAUUCGAAAGUACAGACCGCUCGGGUGGCGCGGCGGUAAAGACACACGCUAGAACACCAGAGCUGGGAUCUCGAAUACGUCGUAUCGAGUCCCGGCUCUGCCUGCCGGCCGAGGCCGGGCGGCCACGUGAACGACGAUUGGCCUGUUGUUCAGAUAGGGGCGGGACUAAGCCGGAUAGGGUCUCUCUCUCUCUCAUAACUAAAGCAAUUACGACCUCAGCUGGCUGAUCGAUGGCGCCUGCACAGGUUUGUCGGGGUGCGUCUCUCCGUACACGGUGCCGAUGCGUACGCCUGCUGCCCACGUGUCGGAGGGUUCCGGGUUACGAUGGGUCUAAUCCGUUGGGCGAUUGGCAGGGCUGGAAACACCUCGGACCGGACAGGUCACCUGUCCGUCAGGGCUUUUUGAUGCUGUGUUUAGAGCACUGGACAGUGGUGGAAUGGAAUAUGGAUGUGGAUAUGGAAUCUGCUGUUCUUGGUUAUCAUCUAGACUCAAAAUCUAAAAUAUAUGAAUGGACGCAGUGGGUGGACUGCACUGUAGAUAGAAAGAAAGCAGGACUUCUUAUUUUUACCCCCGUGUGACUCUUUUCCUCCCUGUGUAGGUGUGUGGAACGUUUGCUUUGAUUGGUAAAAAUCUUUUGCUUUAUACACUGUAUUCCAUAAAUAAAGUUUUAAAUGUACAUAC